UUAUAGAGAGAAUAUAGAAAAUCAUUCUUUAGUGUUUUUAGGGCGCUGAUUGCAGUUCUGUGUGAAGAAAUGCUGGGCGAAAGAAAAUAAUGUGUGGAUAGAAAAAUGGAUGGAAGGAUGAAUUGCCAGGAGAGACAUGGAAUGAGUACGAUGGAUUCAGUGUCUCCUGAGGAUUUACCUACGCAGACAGAACUGCCAGAUGUAUCCAGUGUGGGAGAACAGCAGGAAACUGAGGGACAGUAUCAGCCACUGAAAGUAUACCUCAGAGUGCGUCCCUAUUCAAAAGCCGAGCUUGAAAACAAUGAAGACCAGGAGUGUUUAAUCAUUGAAAAUCAAGAGACAGUAACUCUUCAGUCACCUAAAGAAUCAGCCACUAUGAGGCCCAAUGAGAAGAGGAUAGGCCAAUCUGCUCAUCAAUUCACCUUCACUCAGGUUUUUGGACCAGACACUACUCAAAGUGAAUUUUUUGAAGGCACAAUGAAAGAGAUAGUAAAAGCUUAUAUUGAUGGAAUGAAUGGGCUUGUAUUUGCCUAUGGUGUUACUAAUGCUGGCAAAAGUUUCACCAUUCAAGGUUGUCCAAAAGAUGGUGGGAUCCUUCCUCGUUCUCUUGAUAUGAUCUUUAACCAUAUCAGAGGAAGGCAGUAUACAAAAAUGGACUUAAAACCAUGCUUUGGUAAUCAGAUCAAAAGGCUAAAUGAUAUGCAGGUGAAGCAAGAAGAAUCCAUGAAGGCUGCACUUUUUGCUUCUUUGAAAGAGGAAACAGAAAAUACUUGGAAGCCUACCACAAUUUCAGGCAUACCAGAGUCUACUUCUCCUAGCUGCAACUCAACAAGUCUUGCUUUGGACCAUUUAGAUUCUGAAGCUUUUGACAACUGUCAGAGAACUCUGGCGUCUCUAUGGGUUUCAUUCUUUGAAAUCUACAAUGAAUACGUUUAUGACCUACUGGAUUUACUACCAACAUUGAAAAAUCAGAAACGGAAAGUUUUAAGAAUCUGUGAAGAUCAAGGAGGAAACUCUUAUGUCAAAGAUUUAAAGUGGAUCAACACAAAGAGUGCAGAAGAGGCUUGUAAAAUACUUAAAAUAGGCAAUAAGAACAGAAGCUUGGCAUGCACCAGGAUGAAUCAGCAAUCAAGUAGAAGCCACAGCAUAUUCUCCAUCCGUUUGCUCAGCCUGACUGAUGACGAUGUGCCCCAUAUUCUUGGAGUUUCUGAGCUUUCUCUGUGUGACCUGGCUGGAUCAGAAAGAUGCCACAAAGCACAAACUUUUGGAGAUAGGCUCAAAGAAGCAGGCAACAUUAAUAAUUCUCUCCUUAUUCUUGGAAAAUGCAUUGCAGCCCUGAAACAAAAUCAAAAUCCAAAAUUAAGACCAGCAUACAUUCCAUUCAGAGAAAGCAAACUGACUCGCUUAUUUCAACCGUUCUUUUGUGGCAAAGGCAAAGCUUGCAUGAUUGUCAACAUUAACCAGUGUGCUUCUACAUAUGAUGAGACGCUGCAUGUAAUGAAGUUUUCUGCUGUCGCAAAACAAGUCAUUCAAACAUUUCCACACAAAAUAUUUGAUUAUUUUGGGAGGGAAAGUAAGCCUACCGUACACUUUGACAUAUCUGCUGAGCAACUUCCUGAGGACACAGACAUCUCUUCCUCUUCUGAAGCAGAAGAGGAAAUUGAUAUUACGAUUAUGAGCCAUGAGGAUCUCUUGAAAAUGACAGAGAUUUUAAAGGACAAGCUGACCGCAGAAAGACAAAGCAAACUACUUCUUGAGGUGCAGAUACGCAAAGAGAUGGCUGAAGCAAUGUUUCAGCAACUGAUGGAAACAGAAAAAGCUUGGAGUAAACGCUUAGAAGAUCUCAAAGAAAGUUAUGAGGAGAAGCUGGAAAGUAAAUUUGAAAUGUAUAAGGAAGCCAUAAAGAAGCAUGCAUAUAUGUGUGCAAUGGAGCAAAUUGAGGAGCACUAUGUUCCAGUGGAAGAGUUCAUAGCUGAACAAGCAAAAGUUGAGGAUAGAGAAAUGAAAAUAAUCCAAUUGAAACAAAAACUUGGAGAACAAAAUGGUUUGCUUCCAGAAAGUCCUAAUUCAAACUCAACAGAAGAAAACAUUAACCGAGAUAUCAAGUGUAGGGCAGUGCAGAGGGCAUCAGAUGCUUUGCAGAGACAGUGUGAAGAAAAAGAUGAGUUAAUGAGAUCACUGAAGCUGAAAAUACUGAAAUUAAAUGAAAUGUUGCAAGAUGCCAAUGAAGCCUGCAGAAAAUCAGUAGAAGAGAAUAAUAGACUGAAACAGGUGGUAAAUCUUAAGGAACAAGAAGUGAGAGAUCUUCAGAAUGGGGCUAAGCAUGGCCAUGAGCUGGAAGCCACAUUGUCUCGUCUGCAAGAAGAACUAGAUGAAAGCCGACGACUCUUAAACAUAGAGGAGCUUAAGCAUCAGAAAUCAAAGAAAUGCUUCUUUUCAAAUUUGAAAUACACAGUAGCAGAUGCUUCUAAAAUGCCCAGUACCAAAGAACCAGAAAAACCAGGCAUCUCACCUACAGCUUUAUACAGACUGACAUCAGCCCAUAAAAUGAAAUAACUUGGAUUCUUUUUAAGCAUAUUAGAGCAGCUACUGAAUUUGUCAAGGCAGUAGAUGGGUGAUUGACCACUGUUUUAAAAUCAAGGGACAAAAGAAAUGGAAACAUCCUAGAUGUCUCUAACUUAAAACUGAAGUGAUAUGCCAGCUUUUGUGUGGCAAAUUAGCAUGGACUCUUAUUCUUUGAAGUGAAGGUAGACACUCUUCCGUUAAUCUCUGCAGUAGGUACUCUUUUCUGUUUCUUAGUGCCUUAUAACAGGGGAAUAAGAGCACUUUUUAAUACAUCAUUGUUUGAUAUGUGUUGUACUAGGUUACGUUUUGGAAUUUUUUACUGUUUCAGAAAUGCAGGUAAUGUUCUAAACUUAAAUGCUAUCAUCAAAAGAAUGUUAUUUCAUUCUGUUACUGAAUUUUUUCCUUUGUGAGUGGAAAUAACGCAAAACAGCCAUUUCUUAUAUUACUAAUAAAAAUGUUUUGUAUUAUUUGACAAGUGA